AUGUUCAUGCCCGUAGCCACACAAGCUUCGCUGAAGGGAAUAACGUCUCAGCAACUGGAAGAAACUGGCUGCAGGCUUUGUCUCAACAAUACGUACCACCUGGGACUCAAGCCAGGUCAAGAGGUCCUUGACGCGAUUGGCGGCGCACACAAAUUUCAAAGCUGGAAUCAUAAUCUGCUGACUGACAGUGGAGGUUUUCAGAUGGUCAGUCUGCUAAAGUUGGCAAAAGUCACCGAGGAAGGCGUCCGUUUCCUGAGCCCACACGAUGGAUCUCCUAUGCUCCUUACCCCGGAACACUCCAUCUCCCUGCAAAACAGUAUUGGCAGCGACAUCAUCAUGCAGCUCGACGACGUAUUGGUCACGACUUCACCAGACAAGGUUCGUAUGCGUGAAGCGAUGGAGCGCAGUGGCGGUUUGGACUUGGAGAUGCGAAGGGAAUGUUGCGAGCAGAUGUUGGCCCGAAACACACCCGGUAUCGCGAUCGGUGGACUGAGUGGCGGGGAGGCAAAGGCGGAUUACUGCCGCGUUGUCGAAACGUGCACAGCUCUCUUACCAGACCUGAAGCCUAGAUACGUCAUGGGAAUCGGAUACCCCGAGGAUCUGGUUGUCAGCGUGGCUCUGGGGGCAGACAUGUUUGACUGUGUGUGGCCGACUCGAACAGCCCGAUUUGGCAACGCCAUCACGAAGCACGGCGUCUUGAACAUUCGAAACGCCAUGUAUGCAAACGACUUUGGGCCGAUAGAGACUGGCUGUGGAUGCAUGUGCUGCAGACGAGGAGAGGGAGGCAUGGGCAUCACCAGAGCAUACGUCCAUCACAACACGUCCAAAGAGACGGUUUCGGCACAUUUGCUGACGAUCCACAAUGUCUGGUAUCAACUCAAUCUGAUGAGGCAGAUACGGCAGUCGAUAGUCGAAGACGGGUUUCCGGCAUUUGUUCGACAGUUCUUUGCAGACCGGUACGGUGUCAAGACGAACUAUCCCAACUGGGCCGUGGAAGCAUUGAAGCGAGUAGGCGUAGAUCUGACGGUGGAAGGGUAG